CUUCCUUGCAUUUCCAUCAACAUUCAACAAAUCACUCUCUCUCUCUCUCUCUCUCUCUCCAUCUCUCUGCGUUGUUCUCAAUAUGGGGCGCUCUAUGCCUUUGCUUUCCAUGGUUUUCCUUCUCCUGCUGCUGGUGGCUGCUGAGAUGGGGCCAAAGGUUGCUGACGCAAGGACCUGUCAAUCUGCGAGCCAUCGGUUCAAGGGAACGUGCGUGAGGAAUAGCAACUGUGCUAACAUUUGCCGAACUGAGGGCUUUCAAGGCGGCAAUUGCCAGGGCUUCCGCCGCCGAUGCUUCUGCACCAAACAUUGCUAAAUUUAUGAGGAUAUAUGACAAAUAGCUCUAUCUAUUUGUGCGUGGUGGGAGAAGAUCAUUCCUUGCUUUGAUCACUCUCAUAGAGGCUUAUUUGCACUUCAAUAAAUGAGCAGACUCUCUGUUUUUUGUGUUCCUCUUUUAUGUUUCAUGUGAUGUGGUUUGCCUUGUCAUGAAUAAUGAUCUUGUGUUGUUCCUUUUA